UGAGGAGGGAGAAAGUCAUCUUGCUCGGGUCUCAGGCAGGGCCUGGGGCGCCAUGUCCCUCACCCCCUGGCUCCGGUGGAACGCGGCCCCACCUCGGCUGUCAUCGCGGAGUCCUGCCGAGAUGGUGCUGGAGACACUCAUGGUGGAGCUGGCAGGGCAGAUGCGAGAGGCCGAGAGGCAGCAGUGGGAGCGCAGCAAGGCGGUCCGGAAGAUCUGCACCGGGGUGGACUACAGCUGGCUGGCCAGCGCGCCCCGGCCCGCCUACGACCUCAGCCCCGGGGAGAGGCUGCAACUGGAGGACGUCUGCGCCAAGAUCCACCCAUCCUACUGUGGGCCCGCCAUCCUCAGGUUCCGGCAGCUGAUGGCGGAGCGGGAGCCCGAGGUGCAGGAGGUGUCGCGGCUCUUCCGCUCGGUGCUGCAUGAAGUCCUGGAGAGGAUGAAGCAGGAGGAGGCGGCGCACAAGCUGACGCGCCAGUGGAGCCUGCGGCCCCGCGGCGGCCUGGCCCCCUUCAAGGGCCGCGCGCGCAUCGCCCCGUUCGCCAGUGACAUCCGCACCAUCUCCGAGGACGUGGAGCGCGACGCGCCGCCGCCGUCCCGGACCUGGAGCAUGCCCGAGUUCCGGGCGCGAAAAGAGGACUGACCCGGCCUUCAGCUGCCCUGGGGCAGAGGCGGCUAUGGAGGGGCAUGAUAGGACCGUCCGGGUCCUGGAACCUCCCUACCCGCCUGCCCCAGACACGCGGGCCAAAGAGACCCCACGGCCCACCCCAUAUACGCCUGUAGGACGGAGCAACCCUUCCCGCCCACCCUCUCCCACUGGCCACUCGGCCUAAAGUCCGGGCUUGGAGCUGCAGAAAGGGCUCACUGCUCCCCUGAACAAGUCCUUCCCCGACCCGCAGAGAUGAGGGUCUUGGCAGACAAACCAGUCCCCUCUCCAUCUUUUACUUCUGUCUGGAAAGGGAAGAGUUGCCCUGCCUUUUGCCAAGUCAUGAGUUCUCACCCCAACUUAGGGAUGUCCUAUUCACCUCCUCUCCCUGGGUAAUGACAAGGGACCUGUUGGCUGGUGUCCAUUCUCUGCUGGUGACUGGUGGGGCCCACCGCUGCAGGUGUGUCACAGCCUUGUAGGUGGGCAGAGCUGGAAGGGACCCUCCCUACAGGCUUUCCUGUCCUUCCACUCCUAACACGGUUCGAUCUUGAUGAUGGGCAUGUGCUUCACCCAGUGUGUGGGUCAGCGACCGCAAAUCUGAAAGACAGGAAGAUCUCCCCACACACUCUGGGCUGAAGUCCGGCCUGGAGGGAUGGGUGGGCAAAGUGUCUGCCCCCAACUAUCAGUGCAUGCUCAGAAAAUGCAAGUUGGUCUUAAUAUUAGUCUAAACAAAAUGCCAGGAGAAAAUGAGGGGAAAUCUAUGUGUUUCCUGAUAAAACAUAGUGGUAAAAAAAUUUUUUGGCCACACAC